CACUCGAUAUAGCACCGGAUUUUGUACAAGGAGACAGGCAGGUACCUGCAUCAAAAGAGACAAUGCGGAGUUAUUUCGCAGUCUCGUUCUCCAUACUUCUGUUCGUGCCUGAAUAUCAGUCCAUGAACUUGGGCUUUUGCAAGAUCGUGCGUAUCUCGAGCUUCGGUCUGAAUCUAUUGGUAAACAGUAACUUACCAUCUCUUACCGCUCAACUUCAAGAUAGAGGUACAAUAUUGUACCAAAUGAACAAGGUACGGGAGCGGCCGAGCCUGAUUCAUAGUGGUCAGAACUAAAAAGAAACCACAAAAGCCAUCUGCCGCUAACUUUUACAGCCGCCUUCUCAUUCGAUACCAUGGCAACCGAAUUCGAGACUCAAUGUGCAUGGGGUUGAGAUCCGCUACACACCUCCUCAAAAGGCCGGCCAGACUCACGGACUCACGGACUCACGGACUUGUAAGGGACACGGAAUCACAAUUUCCACUUCUCAUUUAUAUUUCGUAAUCGUAUUCGGUCGGGCGUUCCCCAAGUUCAUGUUGUUUUCCAGCAGCUUUCACCUCCUCCCUCCCCCUUUGGCCCCUCCACAUGGCCCCCAAGAUCCUGCCAUGCAUUAUAAGAUCGGAAAAGAUCCUGACUGGAG